ACUGAUUUACCUAUUGGCUUUAUUUUUCUUUAUCUUAGUUGUGUUGGAGUAGAAGAACAUCAUGCUGUUGACAUUGACCUAUAUCACUGUCCCAACUGUGCAGUUCUACAUGGAUCCUCCUUGAUGAAAAAGAGAAGGAACUGGCACAGGCAUGACUACACCGAAAUUGAUGAUGGUUCCAAACCAGUGCAAGCUGGAACUAGGACUUUUGUGAAGGAACUACGUUCUCGAGUCUUCCCAAGUGCCGAUGAGAUCAUUGUGAAGAUGCACGGCAGCCAGCUGACACAGAGAUAUCUGGAGAAACAUGGAUUUGAGGUCCCUAUUAUGGUCCCCAAGUUAGAUGACCUAGGACUCAGGCUCCCUGCAGCUACGUUUUCUGUUAUGGAUGUGGAACGUCAUGUAGGUGGUGACAAAGUGAUAGAUGUCAUUGAUGUGGCAAGGCAGGCAGACAGCAAAAUGACACUUCACAAUUACGUUAAAUACUUCAUGAACCCUAACAGACCAAAAGUGUUAAAUGUGAUCAGCCUUGAAUUUUCAGAUACAAAGAUGUCUGAAUUGGUGGAGGUCCCUGACAUAGCCAGAAAACUUUCCUGGGUGGAAAAUUAUUGGCCAGAUGAUUCAGUCUUUCCCAAGCCAUUUGUUCAGAAAUACUGCUUAAUGGGAGUUCAAGACAGCUACACAGAUUUCCACAUUGACUUUGGUGGAACUUCAGUUUGGUACCAUGUCCUCUGGGGUGAGAAGAUUUUUUAUUUGAUAAAGCCAACAGAUGAAAAUUUGGCACUCUAUGAGUCUUGGAGUUCAUCUGUGACCCAGAGUGAGGUGUUCUUUGGAGAUAAGGUGGAUAAAUGCUACAAAUGUGUGGUAAAGCAGGGACAUACCUUAUUUGUUCCUACAGGGUGGAUUCAUGCUGUGCUCACUUCUCAGGAUUGUAUGGCUUUUGGGGGGAACUUUCUGCACAACCUUAACAUUGGCAUGCAGCUCAGGUGUUAUGAGAUGGAAAAAAGGCUAAAAACACCAGAUCUCUUCAAAUUCCCUUUCUUUGAAGCCAUAUGUUGGUUUGUAGCCAAAAACUUGCUGGAAACCCUGAAAGAACUGAAAGAAGAUGGUUUCCAGCCUCAGACUUACCUAGUACAGGGCGUGAAAGCACUGCAUACUGCUUUAAAAUUGUGGAUGAAAAAAGAACUUGUAUCCGAACAUGCCUUUGAAAUUCCAGACAAUGUUAGACCUGGACAUCUUAUUAAAGAACUUUCUAAAGUAAUUCGAGCAAUAGAGGAGGAAAACAGCAAGCCAGUUAAAUCUCAGGGAAUUCCUACAGUGUGUCCAGCUUCACGAUCCUCAAAUGAAGCAACUUCCCCAUACCAUUCCCGACGAAGGAUGAGGAAACUUCGAGAUCAUAAUGUCCGAACUCCUUCUAACCUAGACAUCCUAGAGCUCCACACAAGGGAGGUCCUCAGAAGAUUAGAGAUGUGUCCUUGGGAAGAGGACAUCUUGAGCUCUAAACUGAAUGGUAAAUUCAACAAACAUCUCCAGCCAUCUUCUACCGUACCCGAAUGGAGAGCAAAAGAUAAUGAUCUACGAUUACUGCUGACAAAUGGAAGGAUAAUUAAAGACGAAAGACACCCCUUCGCAGAUCAGAGUCUUUAUACAGUAGACAGUGAAAAUGAAGAGGAUCAGAGAAGGACAAAAAAGGCAAAAGUGAAGAUAGAAGAGAGUUCAGGAAUAGAGGCAGUGGAGAAUGAAGAAUCGCAGAAACCCCUUAACAGGUUUUUUACAAGUGUGAAGUCAGAACUCAGGAAUCGAUCAUCAGAAUAUUCUGACAUUUCUGAUUCGGAAGACUCUGGACCUGAUUGCACUGCGCUGAAAAAUAAUUUUACCACUGAAGAGUCUGAAAGUUCAGGUGAUGAAAAGAAACAAAAGAUAACAUCAAACUUUAAGGAGGAAUCUAAUGUGAUGAGGAACUUUCUUCAAAAGAGCCAGAAAACAUCUAGAAGUGAAAUUCCAGUUAAAAGGGAAUGUCCUACCUCGACGAGCACAGAGGAAGAAGCGAUUCAGGGCAUGCUCUCUAUGGCAGGGUUGCACUAUUCCACAUGUUUACAAAGGCAGGUACAAAGCACAGGCUGCAGCAGUGAAAGAAACUCUCUCCAGGAUCCCAGCAGCUGUCACAGCAGUAACCACGAGGUUAGGCAGCUGUACCGCUAUGAUAAACCAGUGGAAUGUGGGUACCAUGUCAAGACUGAAGAUCAGGACUUGAGGCGUUCCUCUUGGAUUAAACAAUUUGAUACAACUUCCAGAUUUAAUCUUCAGGAUCCAAGUAGAGGCCAUAAAUAUAUCAAAAAGGAAGGUUCAUCAGAAAUCAGUCAAAAAGUACACAGUAGGAAUUCUGUGGACAGCAGUGGCUCCAGCCCUCAGAAUGGAAAGUACAUGCAGAAUUCAAGCUUGGUUUCAGGGGCAUGCCAGAUAAGUAAUGGCAGUGUAAGCCCAGAAAGGCCAGUUGGUGAAACUUCCUUUUCAGUGCCCCUUCACCCCACCAAGAGACCUGCAUCAAACCCACCACCUAUCAGCAACCAGGCAACAAAAGGUAAACGUCCAAAAAAAGGAAUGGCAACAGCCAAACAACGCCUUGGGAAGAUCCUUAAGUUGAACAGAAAUGGCCAUGCACGUUUCUUUGUGUGACGGAGCUGCUGUUGGGAUCACUCUUCCCUUUGGAGACCAGUCUCGGGGGUGUGGGAGCCUGGAGCUUCCGCCAUGCAUGUCCAGUAGAGAACACUGCCUGGAGAACAAAAUGAACCUGAUGCUGCAUUUUCACUGUGCCACACCCACUCAGCAAUAACCAUUUUGGACCUGGUGGGGGAGAGGAAGAAGGAGGGUAGAACCUUAAAAGGAGACCUUGAACUGAAAAGGGUCUCUUGUCAGGGCUUGAAUUUCAUUUUGUUGUUGGUAGUGUCUUGAUUUAUUUUCAGUGGUAAAGAAUUAUCAAUAAUUUAUUUAACAGAUUUUUUUAAAAGUUAACAGCUUUUAAAUUCUUUCUUUUUUAAAGCUAUUUAUUUGGAAGAUUUCUGGAGAAAUAUCUCACUAAUUUAGAUUUAAGAAUGUGAAGGUUUUUAAAUUAUUUUUGAUAGUGUGUGUGUUACAUGUGGGGAAGAGCCACAGUAACAGUAACUAGUCUGGACUCUUAAAUUUGAUAUUCAGGUUAAAGUCUUAAACAGGGAUUUGAUGCAUUAAUUAUUUUAAAUUAAGAUGUAUAUGGAAAUCAUUUUAUUUUAUAUAUUUCAUGUUUUUUAUAAGCUAUUAGCUUCGCUUUUGCUAACAUCCAAGGUGCAUACUGUUAUCCAGGUUGAUGACCUUAUAUCCCACCUUCCCCCUCUGCACUUCCAGCUUUUGUGAUGAUACAAGACUCUUCUCUUUGCAGGGAAACACUUUCAUAGCUGAUGUGUUAGACCUACAUAUAAAAGACCCCAACAUUUCUCAUUUAGUUUGACAUUGCAAUUUUUUCCUAAAUAUAACAAAGGCUUCUUGCAUUUUCAUUUUUGCUGAUGACCUGGGUUCCAAAGAGAACAGCUUUAAUAUCUUUUUCCUAUUUGUGGAAAAAGUAUUAUAAGUUUGAUUAAAUUGUCAUACUUCUAGUUUUUCAAAUGCAUUUGUAACUACAGAGGGCCUUCUUCAUACUGCUGGUAUUAGAGGGCAGGACCAACACCUGCCACAAAGGUUAUAUUUUAUGACGCUUUUAUUCUGUGUACCUAAUUUGUUGGGAAAUAAGAUUUGACUUAGUUGUUCAACUCUUCAUAAUAAGCCGUAACAUAAUAGGACUAUACUAUAUUAAUUGUGUAGAAGCAAGCAUGUUGGAGUAGACCUUUUGCAGGGAUGUGUGUGUGUGUGUGUGUGUGUGUGUGUGUGUGUUUAGUUUUUAUUUCUUAACCUUCUAAAGAAUUAUUUAAGACAUGGAUUUGAAGUAAAAUGGGUGCUUCUUGUAGUUUCUUCCAUCUAUCCUAACUUAGCCAGUGCAUAUUGAGGUUAAGUAUCUGAUUGAGCUUUAAAGUAAUCAUAUAUCUCUUUUAUGCACAAUUUUUACUAAAUGCCAGCUAAUAAUAGCUAAUAUUUCCCCCUACCCCUCUUGGCUUAAAAAUAAGUAAUUUCAAGGCUGGGGUGAGGUGGGGUUGAGAUAUUUCCAAUGCUGACAGGAGAGCAUUAUAUAAGUUCCUACAAAGAAAAUAUAGGCAAAUAAGAUCAAAUUUAUUUUUAUGAAGAAGAAAUAUGGCCAUAUUAUGGAUAUCCUUUUAUUUACUGAGCCAAGGUAGCAGAACUUUCUCUUCUAUAUUAAGUAUCAUGUGCAGUGCUAAGAAAAAGAAAUCGGUACCAUCCUCCUCCAUGGUUGCAUUCAAAUGUGUAUUUUCAAAGAGAGAGAUUUCUUACUCUGUCUUCAUUCCAAUAUUUCAUGGAAUAAAUAUGAAGUAGCUUAUGAAUUAGCCUUUUUGACCCAAGUGACUGAAUCAAAGUCUGGAUCUUACCUGGUGUCAGGAAGGAUUUUGUGGAAAUACUAAAUGCCUAUAAGUGGCCUACUUAAAUUCUUCACAAUGCCAAAACUAGUUAAGAGAUGGGCAUGGUUAGUCAUUUGAUGGAUGAUUAGAUUUGAAAAAUGUAAAAAUUUGGGUUUGACUGUGCCACCUUCCCACACAGUAUAUUACUGUGAUGUUUUGGUUUUCUGUAGACAUCAUUUUAGUGUUUAUAGAACAUGUUUUUGUUUAAGAAAUAAGAGCUAUAUAUAUAUUUUUUCAGUUACAUCAUGAUCUGGGUUCUUUUUUUAUGUUCUUCUCACAGCUCUAAGUGUUUUUAAUUACCUGAAUUUUUUUCUUUAACUAUAAAAAUUAAAAUAAAACAAUUUCUUUUUAUGAGUUAAAAUUGUGGCCAGUAUCCACCCUGUGUACUUAGGCCGGUAAAUACUUAUUUUAAGUAGACAGUAUGUGGAACUUUUAAGUGAAGGUACUGUGGAAUCAUUUUUGGCAAUUUUAGCCCGUUAACUGGCUAAGUUAAAAAAAAAACUUUCAGCAGGGUCGUAAAUAUAACCACUACUCAGAACACAUGUAUCUUCUUCUGAAUUGGUGCAGAUUCAGCCACUGGUCCAGGGACUCUCCUAGUCUUACAGAGUUACUGGCUCUGAUGCAUCCAUCCCCUGUAGCUCGGAAAUGACUGAACCUUGAGGUAACUGCAGCCAGUAUAUGGACUUAACUGUAACAGACAACCUUGUGUUUUUCCCUUGGUCUCAUUAUAAACAAUACUACUGCACAGAUACUAUGACUUAGGAAGACAGCAGUGGUGGCAUUUAGCUAGUUAUAAGCAAAUAGAAAUAUGUAAAGCAGAAUUAUGGUUAAAUGUAUGCAUUUUUAAUUAUAGUAGUAGAUAAUUUUCCUGUAUUGAUUCAAGUAACUUCUGUUAACCUAGUAUCCACUGUACUGUAAUUCAUAAUGUCACAUAAUAUAAUGCUCUCCAGUAUUGAUUAAUGUUGUAAACAGUACAAAGCUGGCAUUUAUAAUAGUUUUGUAUCCUAGAAAUACAUUGAACUUCAUAAGCAUCAGUUAAUUUUUAAAGCAUACAAAAUUGAAAAUUCUGACUGAAAUCAUCUUAUAAACUCAGAAAACAAGGCCAUCUUUAUUACUACUUACUUAGCUUGAAUACUGUUCUGUUUUUUAAUAAUCCCAAUUAUUGCCUUUUAAAUGAACUCUACUGUAUUUAUUCUUAUGAGAUCAGCAGGUAUUUAUCAAACACCUACUAUGUGCCCAGCACUACAUAGUACUGUGGGGAAGUGUAAAGUUGAAAUGUGGUCUCUGCCUUUGAAGGUAUCUUCGUCAGGAAAUAAGCAGUGUUAUUUUUACUUCUAAGCAAACAUAAAAAGAGAGAGCCCAUUUAUUUAAAAAAGCAUUAACUUCAUUUGUUUCAAUUGAGAUAUACUAUGCUAUAUAGAAGUGGAAGUAAUUUUUAAAAUUUAAAAAACAUUUCAGAAAUUAACAAUUUAAUGUUGGCAGUAGAGGGUCAUGGUUUACUAUGAAAGAGAGCAGACAACUUGGAUUUUUGCCCAGGUUCUGCCAUUUUUAUGUCAGCUGUGUGACCUUGAGUACGUUGCUUAUUCUUACUGCAUCUUAGUUUUCUCGUUUGUUAGUUUGGAUAAAAAUGCAGUUAACAAAUACAUGGAAAAGUGUUUCUUAAUCUAUUAACACUUCAUACUUGCAGUUAAUUUAUCAUUAUUUAAGUUGCCACUGAUAAUGAAUGCACAUUUUUAUGCAUUUUAAAUUUAAACUGUUAUUACUCAUAAAAUUUGUUUUAUGUCAAAUCUAUGCCCAAAACAUGCUACCUAAAAAACCUGAAGAGUCUCUAACAAGGUGCUGAAUUAAAAUUAAAAUUAGUGCUUGAAGUGAAAGAAAAGUGAAAUAGUUUAUGGAUAAGAGUGAUACUGUUUAUCCUCAAAUAAGUAAUGUUUAUCCUCAAGUAAUCAUUAGGAUGACUUAAGGAAAGAUUCUUUCUGCUUGUUUCAAGAGAUGCUUUCUAUAGUAACUCCCCCAAGAGCUCCUGAAUCACCGUGCCACCCGGUACACCACUGCCAGAAGUAACUAUUGCAGUGUAUCAGCAUUUUACGAUUUCACAUGGAGAUGAAGGCUUAAUAAUGUCAAUCUGAAAAUUUUUCAAAAAUUCAUUUUUUUUUCUCAUUAAAUAUUAAGCAGUUGCUCCCUCCAAAAAGAAAAGCUAAAGAUCACCAGUUGUUUCUGGAUGCCCUAGACCUGUAUCUAAAGCAAUCUUGAGAAGGUUGAGCAUCAGGUCAUUAGGAAAAAUGUGUUACCGGUAAAUAAAGAAGACAAAUGGAACCCAAAUAGGGCAGUGAUUUGCCUGGGCUCAUAGUAGAUUCUAGAUCUAGACCUCUGGUACCUUGCUUCCUACCACAGCAAUGCUGUGCAGCCUCUGCUUGUCCUGGGGGUGAUGUUGAUACGCUUGCUAGAAGCCAGAUGGAAAGAAAGGAGAAGUAAUAUACUCACUACAUUGCUGUUGGACUAAAGUAAUUUUGAUACUAUAGCCUUACUAAAAACCCUGCCCUUAUUUUUAUUUGUUCUUCAGUGAAAAUCAUGACAUAAAAGUCAAAUCUUUUAUAUCCCUUACAUUAAAUUUUUAAUAAUUAAGGUCAUUAAGAAGCAAAUGCCUAUUUCCAAAGCAAUUAGCUUAUCAUAUUUGACUGUGGUUUUACUCUUUUAUACUAUUUUUCUCCUCUUUAAUGGGUAGGGAAAAGAAUGCUUAUUUAUCUGCAUUCUACCCCGUAGAGUCUCCCUCUCACCCAUGGUGCCCUCUCUAGCGUCCUAAAGCUUUGUCUUAACAAGUGCAACAUUAAAUUUUUGUUAAAACCCUUUCAGAACUAUAUUCAGUGAUUCUUCCAACAAGUUGAUCUGUUCUGCACUAUUUCACUAAUAAACCCUGGCUACCACGUAGCCCUUGACCUCCAAGUAGCUUACCUAUGCAAGACCUGUGACAUUCUGAACUCACGUUUCCUUGUUUCAGAAAGCAGUCCUAAGUGGAACUUAAUCAUAACAAUAAACCUUGCCUCCACUUACUUUUAUUUUGGCCAUUUCCUUUUUAAAAUGCCAGCUAUUUUCCCCCAAGGUAUUUCACCAAAACAAUGAUCGUAAGUGCUGAAAUAUAUAAUAUCUUGCAGGAAUGAAAUAACCAAGACAUACUUUUAUAUUCCUGUGGUAGUUGGUUGGUAACAGUUACCAUUAUUAAGUGGAAUAUAUAGUGAGGAAUUAAUUCCUUAAUUCCUUGCCUAGAAUCAUUUCUUCCCUCAAAGAUUCAUACAUAAUCUUUUAUUUUUACAAAGCAUACAUAUAACUUCCACAUUAUAGUCAGGGACCUGAGGUGUCACUUGCUAAGUGAACCCCAGGUUAUUUUAUAUUGCAAAAGAAACCUAAACCAAACUAAGGGCCUUACAUUUAUGGUUAGACUGAAUCAAAAGCUAUAACCUCAAUUUUUCCCAAAAUAGCUUCUGACUGCAAACGCGUCAUGCAGUUGUUAGGUAUGAAAUAGCACUGAUCAGGAAAUGCAUGUGCAACUUCGCAGACUGUAUUUCCUUCCGAAAAGACUUUUCUACUUUUAAUAUAAAUUAAGCCAUAAUAGUUACAUGCUGUGGAAAGAGGGUGAAAGGUUCAUUUGAAGAGAUUAUAUAAUAUGAAUUUUCACAUUUACUGUGAAAUGUCUAACUUUUCCAGUGCUUCAGCAGGUUUGUUUGUUUUUUUGAGGGGGUAGAGGGAGGUGAUAGGGUGGGGUAGUAUUGAUUUUAGAGAUUUCAAAUCUGUGAAAUUUGAAAAGGGGACAGUUGUUGGCUAUGGUAUUUAUUAGUUUUGUAGUAAUGUUUUGCUAGCCUGACUGACUUUCCUUAACUAAUUUUUAUGCCCAUGGUCCAAGGAGACUGGUACCCUUUCUUGUUUGGGGUGUCCGCGGAGUAGUGUCUUGUCUGUUUGUAUAGGCAGUCAGUGUGUGUAUGCACAUGUGUGUCCUUUGAAUACAGAAGCACACUGUGUGACUACAGAGUGGGGUGUGGCUGGGAAACGGGAUGCUGAAGCUUUAAAGAGCAUUUUUUUUUUUUGACUCUUAACAGUAUUUCCCAUCUUUUGCCUGCAGGCAGGGAAAGUGUACAGUAUUUAUUUUGCUUCUGUUUUAAAUUUGUAAGUCUUUAAAUAGUUUAAUUGGUUAUUAGAGGGGAGGACAAGUGACUUGUUUAAAGUUGUAUUUGGUAUUCUUUUCAAUUUCUGUAUUUUAAAAUAUUGAAAUCAAAAUUGUAUUACUUCUGUUUUGAUUUUUUUAGUGCUGGGUGUAUUUUUGGCUCAUUUUGUUUGAAAGUAUAAAUGUUGAAAAUUGUAUAAAAUGUGUCUUUGAAAGAAAAAAAAUUGAAUUCUAUAUCCAA